AUGGCUAUGGUUACCAAGGAAGCUCAGUACAAGACAAUCUCGCCCUUUGAUCUCACAUCAGGCGACAAUCCCGGUGCCGUAAUCUCACAGCCUCUCCUAAACGGCUUGAAUUAUGAAGAAUGGGCUCGCAAUCUGCGUAUGGCCCUCAGCUCAAGGAAAAAAUUCGGUUUUCUGGAUGGGAGCAUCCAAAAACCAAAAGAUGACGACCCAAAGCUUGAAGAUUGGACUGCCAACAAUCACCUUCUCAUCGGUUGGAUCAAACUCACGAUUGAACCGCGUCUUCGUUCCUCCAUCUCCACUCGCGAGGUUGCAAAAGACUUAUGGGACAUCAUUAAGAAACGUUUUUCUGUGAAGAGUGGUGCUCGCCUUCAGCAGCUUCGAAACUCUUUAGCCACUUGCAAACAGAACGGAUCUUCCGUCGACGACUAUUUUGGUCGUUUAACCAAGAUUUGGGAUGCAAUUGAGGAGUGUAUGUCCUCUAAACGCUGCACAUGUGGGAAGUGCGAAUGUGAUCUCAACACGGCGCACGACAAAGAGAAAGAGAUUCUUCGGGUCCAUGAUUUUCUCGCAGGGCUCGAUGAUUCUGUUCAUGGGGUCAUCCGAUCUCAAGUUUGCGUUGUUUCUCCUCUUCCGGACUUGGACACCGUUUACCAGACGAUUCUGCAAAAUGAAACAAUCCGUAUGAAUGUUGAUCCGACGAUGCCGGUCAUGGGUUUUGCUUCCCAAGCUGCUCCUGCAUCUCGUUCUUCCCAAGUUUGGACUCGGGAUAUUGCUUCUGGAGGUGGAUCUCAGAAUCGUGACCCUUCUCGUCUUUGUUCGGUAUGUGGCAAGAUGGGUCAUGACUCGACUUCAUGCUUCAAGGUGAUUGGUUACCCGGAAUGGUGGCAAGAUAAAUCGCGUGGUCGAGGUGGUGGCAAGGGUUCCUCUCGUGAUUCUGCAGCUCCUGGUCGUGUUACUCCUCGUGCAAACAGCACGCAGAUUCCUUCAGCUAACUCUGCUGCAAUGGGAACGACUGCUUUGAUCACAGAUAAUGAUCGAGUUGGUUUGGCAGGUCUUACGGAUGAACAGUGGAGUGUGGUGCAGCGGAUAAUCAAUGCUGGUAAAUCUGCUGCAAAUUCAGGGGGUAAGAACAUCGAUAAUAUAUGGAUUUUAGACACAGGAGCUACACAUCACAUGACUGGACGUAUUGACUUGUUGACCGAUAUUCGGGAUAUCUCUCCUCUCUCAGUGAUUUUACCAGCCGAUUCGGAUGCAUAUGCAUCAAAACAGGGGACUGUUCAUCUGACUUCUGGAUUAUCUUUGCAGAAUGAUCGCGCCUCGAGGAUGCUGAUUGGAGCGGGUGAACGAGAGGGAGAGGGACUAUACCGGUUUCGGAGCAUUGAAGAAAUGGCAGUGUUUCAGACAAGUAUUUCUGCGGAUAUGGUUUUGUGGCACCAUCGUUUAGGCCAUCCUUCAUCUCAGAUCACUGGCAUUGUUCCAGGCGUUAGUAGUUAUUCUAGUAGUACGGAGUCUUUACUUAAAAAGUGCGAUAGGCUGUAUGACUUGGAGCGCCAUAUCAUCUUCACAUCUCGUGACGUUAUUUUUCACGAGACAGAGUUUCCAUUUACUCACUCUACCUCGGUGGCAAUUUCUAAUGAUGAUAUGCUUCCUUCUCCAAUGACGAACAUACCCGUUGACGAUGGACCAGUUCUCACCGCUGACUCAUUUGACGACAAUGGUGACUCUGAACCUCCUGUCCCCGUUGUUGUUCCUACUCCUGUAUCUGAUACACCAGACUCUAUUGCCGAUAACAGUCUGGCACCGCCACCUGCUCAGAUUCAAGAACAGCUUGGUAGGGGUUGUCGUACUAAGAUCAGAAAUGUCAAACUUCAUGAUUACGUUGUUGACACGAUUUCAGGCAUUCCUCCCCCUCUCUCUCUAGAAUCGGGUUCACCUCCUCCUCAGUCAUCCUCAGGUUCGCUUUAUCCCCUCUCUAACUAUGUUUCCAUUGAAUGGUUUUCCCCUAACCAUCGUAAAUUUGUAAUGGCCUUGACCACGAACAUUGAGCCACGUUCUUUUCUAGAGGCCAUGAAACACAAACAUUGGGAGAAUGCAGUGAAUUCUGAAUAUAACUCUCUUGAAGAAUUACAAACUUGGCGUCUUGAAGACCUACCUCCCAAUAAGAAGGCUCUCGGUUGUAAAUGGGUUUUUACUACGAAAUAUCGCUCAGAUGGAACUAUUGAAAGGUAUAAAGCGCGUCUCGUUGUUCGUGAUGACCAUCAAGAGGAGGGAUUUGAUUACGAUGAGACUUUUGCUCCGGUAGCAAUGAUGAAAACGGUUCGUACGUUUUUGGAUUAUGCAGCGAAAAAGAACCACGAAGUUCACCAAAUGGAUGUUCAUAAUGCAUUCCUUCAUGGUGAUUUGCAUGAUGAAGUUUAUAUGAAACUUCCUCCUGGUUUUCGUCCAGACGGUGAAACGAGAGUGUGUCGCCUACAAAAGUCGUUGUACGGUUUGAAACAAGCCUCAUGA